GAGCUCGAGUCGAAAGAGAGAGAUUGAGAGGGAGGGAGGCUCAGAGCCCGAGAGAGCGAGCGCGAGAGAGGACGCACAUUCGACGAGAGAAAGAGAGAGAGUUAAAGACAAAUAAAUACAUCAGCGGAGGUAGAUUGAGGGAUAGGAAAUAGCAAGACAGACAGAGGUUCGCAUGAGCGAAAGAGAAGCGGCAAAGACACGGAAAGAAAGUAACAGGGAGAGUGCGCGUGUCGUACAGCGUAGCGCUGGUCCACUCGGUUCUCUGUCUCCAUCUGGGUGCCAUCUGUGUCUCUGGCUCUGGCCUUCGCCACACUGGAGCUCACAUAUGUGGGAAUGCAAACACAUGCCUGACAUAUGAAGGCGUGGAGUCACAGAAAAGAGACAAAAAGGAAAAGGAUAAGAAAGCGAAACCCCCGUCACUGCAGCGGACUUUCUCAAAGGAACUGAAGAGUGGACUCUACUAGAGUGGAGACAGUAGAGAGAAGAAGAGCCCUGCCAUGCCCGGUUCUCCUGUGGAUGCUAAGACUCAUUCUAGAUCAGCCCCCAGCAGCAGCACCAGCUCCACGAUGCCACCCCUGCCUUCUGUCAACCCCAGUGGCCCUCGCCCGGCCUCCUUCUCCACCACAGCAUUGACCAAUGGGAAUCAUCAUUCCCCACCAACCCUGAAUGCCGUGCCAUCUCCACCGCAGCGUUACAGCAACGGACCAUCCUCUUCCUCUUCCUCAUCGCUUGCUAACCAACAGCUGCCGGCCACCUGUGGGGCUCGCCAGCUGAGCAAGCUGAAACGUUUCCUGACCACGCUGCAGCAGUUUGGCAACGACAUCUCACCUGAGAUCGGAGACAGUGUCCGGAGCCUGGUUCUGGCCCUCGUGAAUUCGACAGUUACCAUUGAGGAGUUCCAUUCACGGCUUCAGGAGGCCACCAACUUCCCCUUACGGCCCUUUGUUAUUCCUUUUCUCAAGGCAAACCUUCCCCUUCUGCAGAGGGAGCUACUCCACUGUGCACGGGCAGCCAAGCAGACCCCGGCCCAGUAUCUGUCCCAGCAUGAGCAUCUCCUGCUGAGCACCACCAUGGCCUCCUCCCCAGACUCUUCUGAGCUGCUGAUGGAGCCUCCGGAGGCCGUUACCAAGAGACACAGCCCCAACAGAGCUAAGGAGAACGGUUUCCACGAACGUCCACCGGCAGCCAUGGAGCCCGCCGCCAAACGCAUUUGCACCAUCAGUCCCGCUCCCCGACACAGCCCCGCCCACCCGCUGCCCCUCAGCGCCCAGCUUCACCCGACCCCUCCGCCCUUGCAGCACUACGCCCUGGAUGACAUUGCAGCACCGCACAUCCUACACCGCGAGCACAGCCAGCGCAUGUUGGAGAUCCGCGAGCUCAAAGACAGACCCAGACUCCCUGGUACUAACGGGGGCUACCGCGAGGAGCCGGUGGACCACAGACUGACAGACAGAGAGUGGGCUGAUGAAUGGAGGCAUCUGGACCAUGUGUUGAACUGCAUUGUGGACAUGGUGGAAAAGACACGGAGGUCAGUGAGCGUGCUCAGGCGGUGCCAGGAGUCAGAUCGUGAGGAGCUCAACUACUGGAGACGGCGCUCGAGCGAGCAGGAGGACCCACGUAAAGGAGGCUCCGGCUCCGCCCCCUUCUCCAAGACGCACAGCCCCCACUCUGCAGAGUCGGACUCCCAGCGCGACUUUGCUCCGCGGCCAGGCUCAGCAUACGUUACAGAUGAGAUCUGGAGGAAAGCCGAAGAAGCGGUGAACGAGGUGAAGCGUCAGGCCAUGGAUGAGGUCCAGAAGGCAGUAGCAGAGGCUGAGCAGAAGGCUUUUGAAAUGAUUUCUUCUGAGAGGGCUAAGAUGGAAAAGACUCUGGCCGAUGCGAAGAAGAAGGCUCAAGCGGACGCCGUCUUGGUCAUCAAUGAACAGGAGGAUUCCAGUGAGUGUUGCUGGAAUUGUGGCCGCAAAGCCAGCGAGACAUGCAGCGGCUGCAACGCCGCGCGCUACUGCGGCUCCUUCUGCCAGCACAAAGACUGGGAGAGGCAUCACCUCAUCUGCAGCCCGGGACUUCAGGCUCAACCCAAACCGGUUUCUGCCAUCACCGCAAGCAGGGCAGCUGCCGCGGCCACAGCGACAGCAGCAGCGGCAGCCGGGGUGUCUCCUGCCGGUCUGGCCGGGGUCAAGGCACCCGACGGCGUCGCUUCGGUCUCCAGUCCCGGCGGAGAGAAGGCUUCGGUGGCUUCUCGCUCGUCCACCCCUUCCACCCCCGCCUCGGCCCCCGAGACUAACGGACACUAAGAACUGAAGGGCGUCAGCAGUGCACAGUGUCACCUAUCCUCUUUCUUACCGGGAAAAGAGUUGAAUGAGCAGAAAGAGGCGACUGUUUGUGGGUUAAGUUAGGAUAACAGAUUCUUCAUCAUACUCUUUUUUUGGCAGGAAAAAAAAAGGACAGAUUAUAGAUGACUGAGUGAUAUGUCAACUGGGACUUUGGCUUUGGCAAAGAAAAGAAGGACUCGUCUCGAAUGCAUCUAUUGGAUGAACAGAUCUCCCUAACAGAUGGAAACGUGUUUGUCUUCGUCCAAAAAAGCCCAAAUGUUGGACCUGCGAGCGGCGGGGAAAAAAAAAAACUGACGAUUGAUCUCAGUUUAUCUCUGGCCGAGGGGAGGAAGUUAUAAAAGAGAGGCGUAUGAGAAAAGACAGAGGAGAUUCUUUUUAACGAAACGCCUCCCCCACAGACCAAUAUUCUCACUUUUGUUGUGUAUAGAUUUAAGAUAGGGAGGUGGGUGGUGGUGGUGGGGAAUGUAAACGGUGUAAUAGUACCAGCCAUAAAGCAUCUGUCUUUCGUCCUGUAGGAAAGAUGUGAGAGUAGACUGCGCGUACGAGUCGCCUCCGCAGCUCCUCCUGUAUACUGUACAUACAUAUUUGCUCGCCAACUUCUUGUCAGGUUUUCCUAUGUGUGACUGCGUGUGUCAAACGGUCGUGCCGUCGGUGAAUAUUGUACAGCAUAUGAUAACUUUUGUCAAAAAGCAAUAUUAAAGUGAAGUGUUCAGGUAUCUCGAGCCGUUUCUGCAUCACCAAAGUCGCUAAAGAGAGAGAUAAUUAUACACUAACCCCACAUCGCAUCUACUUUUUAUAAUGAGGGUCACUAUUUUUCAUUACUGAUCAUCAGACAUCCGCAAAGAACCGAGAGAAAAGGCGAUGGUGAUUUGGAUCAAGUAAGCGCGGGAAGAUGGAAGUUAAGUUUCAUUUUGGCACUUGUUCGCGUCACCAGUCGUGUAUGACGGGGGUCGGACGUCGCUCUAAAUCUUCCACCAUUGCAAUAUUUGCAUCAGGGGUUCGUAAUACAGCUUUUUUUUUUUAAGUAAAGUUUUCAACAACAGGAGAGAUGAGGGAUGACGGUUAAAUCUCUUUGACUUGUUUUUGAAAUGACCAAAAUAGAGAAAGUUGUCACCGGUGCUUACGUUGCAGUGGUGCGGUCUUUAGAGCGGCGACUGUGUCCCGCGGAGAAUCUCAGGAGCUGAACUGUAUUUGUAUGUACAGAUCAUUCUUUUCUUUUGUCGCAGUCAAGUCAAAGGUUUUAGCGAGGAACUUUGAUUUGUCGUGCUCGGCCGUUACCGUCACAUUGUUCUUGUUGUUGUUGUUGUUGUUCGUUGUAAGAUGACUUUGUAAAGAAUAUUAUGAGAGAAUGCCUUUAUUUUGUGAGCCACGAUCUUCUUCCUUCUUUAAACACGUUCUUUUGUUUUGAGGCGUAACUUCAUAUGGAAAAAGAUAUCUUGACAUGAAGUAUGAAAUAAAGAAAUAGAAUUGC